AUGCCGCCUGAAGAUCCUUCCCGUGGCAGGAGAACGCGAGUGGCAUGUCGGAAUUGCCGGCAAGCCAAGAUACGAUGUGCACUGAACAGGAUUCCGUGUGCACGCUGCCAAAGACUGGGCCUUACAUGCUCGAUUGAGCCGUCUUAUAAGCGCACCAAUAAGCAGGAUCAAGUAGAAGAACUCCAACAGCGACUUUCAAGCUUGCAAGGGGUGAUUGACCGACAUCUUCCUGCUCGUAGCACGCCUUCACGACCGCAUCUAGACACAUCUCAGUCCACCCUGGACGGGCUUGGAGAGGAAGGGGGUUCGGGUCACACUCCUCACAAUGAGAACCGCUCUGACACGCCCCCCUUUCGACCUUCCUCCCUUCAGUCAGUUGGCCAAGGGGUCGAGUAUACUCUCGGAAAUGUAACAAUCACCUUGGAGAGAGCGCAAACUCUCUUCGCCACCUUCUUCGAGACGUGCCAUGCUUUCCUUCCCAUAUUUGAUGCCAGUCGAACCAGCCCCAAAUGCCACGACAAUUCGCCACUCCUCUUCUGGGCAAUAAUUGCAGUAUCAAGCAGGCGAAUUGGCGACGACUUACUGAGUAGUCUGACGCCAGAACUUACCAGACUGCUUUGGACAGUCAUUGGGGGAGGCCUCUUCAGCCUACCGAAUGUGCAGGCCUUGCUCUUGCUUGCGUCCUGGACGCCGCCAGAUAUGCACUUGUGGACAGACAAGUCGUUGGUCCUUGCCCGGCUCGCCAUGACCUCGGCCGAGAUGAUGGGUAUGAACCGACCUGGAUGUGAAGGUGAAUACUCGAAGCAGUCGACAAAUUUCACAAGCCUAGAUAUAGCUGAACGAAGUCGUACCUGGCUAGCGUCCGUGGCACUGUGUCAAAGUCUGUCGACGGACAUCGGAACCGGGCCCAACCCAUGCUUUAGCGAUGUUAGUAUCCGGAAAGCUUGUUUAAACGCAGAAGCCAUACCACUUGAGCUCCACCACAGUCUCAUCAUACAGAAGGUCACAAACGAGGCACUGAGAUCUUGGCAAGAAGCUGCAGAAGAACCGUACGGCAAUCCUGGCGAAGCGGUCGGGUGGGAUCUCAUACACAAGGCAGAGCAACGCUUUCUUGCCAUUUCGCAGCAGUUUUGGAAUUACAUGUCGUUCGCGAAUCGAUUGCAUCUGCAGGUCUCUCAGCUGAGACUUCAGUGUCUGUUUAUGCUGUACAACACCGGAAGUGACGUUCAAAAUUCUGGCAUUCUCCGUGCGUACAAUACUGCUACGGAGCUCAUCAACACUGUUUUGUCGGAAGUCGAUGGCCCACAACACCUGCAGUACGCACCUUCGAUCCUUGCUCGACACAUAUUCAGCGCCGGCUUGGUAAUCAUCAGAGUUCUCCAUUCAACAGCCAGUAUAGGUCUUGAUUACGAGAGAGGCCGCAUCCUCUCAAACGCAGCGGCGUUCUCUUUGUCUCAGCUGUCGAGCCACCAGAAGCCGAAGGACCAAGCAGCACGCGCCUCGGACUUGCUGCGACGGUUCUGGAGCGCAGCAGAAAGAAGUCCAAAUAUGCGGCAGCGUGACCUGAGACUUCGCGUGAAGUCGCGAAUGGGCGCGAGUUUGUUGUACGACUGCCUGAUGAGUAUUCGGAAUAGCAAUCGCCCAGAGAGCACGGAGGCAGCGGCUUUUGAGGGCAACCAGGCUAGGACUGACGCAUUAGCGGCCGUCCCGGGCACAACCUUAAAUGCUGCUGCAGAGUAUAGCAACACAGGAGGAAUGGACCCACUCUCAGCCCCGACAUGGUAUGAUUUUGAUCUCUUCCAGUUCACUCCCGGAGUCGAUUUGAGCGACAUGUUUGUAUUUGAAGAUGCUGGAUGCUCUGCAGUCCCUUGA